CUAGAAAAAAUCUCUGUACGUAUCUUGCAAUUAGCUAUUCAGAAGAGUCGUCGUUCUCAUCAGCAAAGUGAGAUUCAAGGUUUCGAUAAACUCGAUGCAGGAGGAUCAGGUACCAACUUCUACUACUUUCUCGACUUCGAAACCCACCGCUGGUAACAGAACCAUUCCGCCGCGAGAUGUUACCGAUCUUAGUAGCGUCGACGAAGGAGGAUCCGAGUUUGGGGAAAUCGGAACUGCUGAUGCUGAAAGCGUGGUCCGAAGAACCGGUAGUGAUGUCUCCGCAACAAAGAGAGCGAGAAGUGAUCCGAUAGCGUCUCCGGCGAAGAAGCGAGCAAUUGUGUUCCCGGAUUGCUUAAAGCCAUCGGAUUUGGCUCACCCGGCGACGCCCUGUAACGUUGGGGCAACGCCUUCUUCGUAGCCCUGGGCAUAUAAUCCGGAUCCGAAAAAACCGAUCCGAACCGAUCCGAAAAAUCCGAUUUGGAUCGGUUUCGGUUACUAUGUAAAAACCGAUCGGAUUUUAUGUUGAACAUGAUUCGGAUUUCGGAUUUAAACCGAUCCGAACCGAAAUCCGAUCGGUUAUCUGCUAACCCGAAUACACAUGGUCUAAUACAUCACAUAGUAUACAUAUAAUCUCUAUGUUUUUGUACUUCAACGCUCAAACCUCUUUUUUACGUCGGAUUGUUCGGAUUUAGAGUGUAAGUUUCGGAUUUAUAGUGUAGAAUCCGAAUCCGAAACCGAUCCGAAAUAUGAUUCGGUUUAAACUCGGAUUUGUAAUAAAAUUUGAAAACCGAUCCGAAUCCGAAAAAAUCCGAACCGAUCCGAUCCGAAAACCAGUCGGAUUCAAAUCGGAUUC